AGGCGACGGGCGACGGGGCAGACGACAGACCUUUGUGAACUGUCCUCUUCUGGCUUGACUCAUUCAUUCUUCACCACCGCGCCCUGCUUUUAAAAUUGCGCCCUUCUUGUACAUUCAUUUUUGAGUUUUCGAGUCCGAUCAACACAAGUAGCUAUCUUGACGCUCUUUCUUCUCUUCUCGUGGCCGCCCCCUUGGCAGCAGCAGCCCUUUGCCGCCCAGCGUCUCACCAGCUUGUCACAUACCAGAGACGAGCUGUCUCUUUUGAUCAGCUCGGCUUGUUCAGCUGCCAUCACCACAACUAUACGCAACCGCAAAGGAACACAAGACGGCCAUGGCGACGUCAUCGUCCCGGCCAUGGAGGCUUGUACCCCUGCUGGCCAUGGUCCUGGCCCUCGUGCUCUGCGCCGCCGUUGCGCCGGCACAUGCCGCCUCAGAGCCGCGUCCGUCGGCAAAGUCACAAGAGCAGGCAGAACUUAUAUGUCACACAUCUGAUCCCAAGGACUGCUAUCCGCGCAUCUUCCAGCCCACGCACGAGUUCCAGACGGUCCACGACGAUCAGGAGCUGCCUAACGGCCUGCACGUGAGGCUCAACAUCUGGACGGGCAAGAAGGAGGCCAAGAUCAACGUCCCCGGCGAGACCGAUCCCUCGCUCGAGGGGCUGCCCGUGGAGCAGGCAGUCAUGGUGGUCGACCCGGACGAGUCGCAAGACGACUCUCCUCCCAAAGUCCCCAAGAACGCGCCCCAAUACGACCCCGUGGGCAAGGUCAAGGAGCCCAAGUUCGCGGCCGAGGGGUUCGCUGAGGGCAUGAAGAUGCUCAGGAACGGUGUCGUAUCCGACGGUCUCGCCUUGGACGAGGCGCUCGAAGGCCUCGAGGAUCUGUCUCACGACAUGUACUACGGGCUCAAGAUCGCCGAGGACCCUGAGGUCAUCAGGUCCUUGUUCUGCCUCAUGACCAGCGAGGUGCCGCCCUCGACCGAUCCGCGCUUCACCCCGCGCGACCAACAGGCGGCGUCCAUCCUGGCCAGCACCCUGCAAAACAACCCACCGGCCCUGACCCAGGUGACCAAGGACUGGGUCAAGCUCACCGGGAGCACGUGCCCCGGCGCGGGCAAGACGCUCGGCGAGGCCAUCUACAGCAGCUUCGUGCCAUCGCGCAACACCGACGCCUCUGACGCGAAACAAUCCGCCGCGCGAUCCAAGGCCAAGGUCUCGGUCGUCAAUGGCCUCAUCAAGGACGCAGCCGUAAGGAAGGAUUUCCUCGCCAAGGGCGGCAUGGGAGGGCUCGUCGAGGUGUUGGUGCCCGAGGAGGUGGAGUGGGCGGCGGCACAGCGCAAGGUCGGGCAGCUGGCGCUCGACAACUUCCUCGACGAGGACAUGGGCGCCGAGCUGGGCCAGUGGCCCAGGGCCGCGAGGGUGGCCGACGAGCAGUGCCGCGAGGGCGCGACGGGCGGCGGCGGCGAGGGGUGCUGGGACCACCACGUCGCGCGCAUCAUGAAGGCGAACAAGGGGAACAAGAACCACUGGAGCAGGGACCUCAACGACAGGCUCGCGGCGGCGAGGAAAGGCGCGAGCGGCGCCCCGAGGCACCACGAAGAGCUGUAGAAAGAGGCGGCACGUACACGUACGAUGUGUCUCUGUAUCAUGUUAGAAGGUUGCAUACCCGGGCGGCGUUGCGGUCUUGUCGUUUGUAUCCAAUAGUGCCUUGUUAACACGGCGGUUUUGCAUCAUGAGCCAGACCGGCAUGGGGUGAGCUCCCCUCUUGAACAUCUUGGUGGGUUCCCGGCUCCUCGACGGGUUUCGGGACCUGCGAACACCCCGGACGGACACCCAAGGAGCGAGGGUCGUCGAGGUCGGCGCAUGGCAGUUGGAAACUAGGCCGUGUGAUGAGAAUUACGUUGGCCAUCCCCCUUGAUCGCUCGGAACAAGAAGGGAGGGAGGGAGAGGCGCAUCUACAUACGAGCAUCCGAGUGCGUGGGUAUAUGGUGGAGUGGAGCGGCAGGCACGGCAUUCAUGUCCUACGUUAAGUUACUAGAUAUCCUGUUCCCAUCAUUAGUGCUGCGUACAGACUUUUGGCCAUCAAACUAUAUUCCAC